AUGUCUAAAUCACAGGAUGGGCCGGCGCAGCAAUCGUCCACACCUCUGCGCAGAGAACGCGCACCGACUAUCACCAUCGAUACCUCGGCUGUCAAUUCCCCCGAUACCUCUAGCCCCCCAAUUCAAGUCCUCUCCGGAGGAUCUUCUGUACAAUCAUACAAUAAUGCACAUACCGAUACAAGCGCCCUGCUCAACAGUGGUAGCGCAUCUCCUUCGGAUAUCCGUUCCAUCGGCUCCAUACGCUCCAAUGCCUCCGACCGCGAGAGCCGCCCAACCUCACCUCACAAUAUCUCGUCCCCGAAAACGAAAACACCAGAGGCGCAUUCGAACUACCUUUCCGUGCCCGGAGCGCGCUCCCGCGGCAACUCCCUGGAGUCGGAAGAGACUAACCAGACAAUAAGCACAUACGGCGGCGAAACACACGUGACCUCAGCAUCACAAGGAUCAGGGCCUGAUUUGCCCAAGAAUGUCUUCGUGGCUGAUGAGGAUGCUCUGCACCCGGACCCUGGUCGUGAGGAUGAAUUCGAGGUCGAGGAUAACAAGUUUGCUUUCUCACCCGGUCAGCUGAACAAGCUGCUCAAUCCGAAGAGCUUUAGCGCCUUCCAUGCGUUGGGAGGCUUGCGAGGACUUGAAAAGGGACUACGAACCGACGUAAAAAGCGGUCUUAGCGUGGACGAGACGACUCUGGACGGGACUGUGAACUUUGAAGAGGUUGCCUCAUCAAAGCAUGUGCCUAAGUCUGCCUCUCCACGGCCGCCACCAACGACCAACGAGAGUGCCGUCACCACCCAAGGAGGAGAAGAAUUCUUUGACCGAAGACGCAUCUAUGGAGAUAACAAGCUCCCCGAGAGGAAAUUGAAGACGAUUUGGGAACUUGCUUGGAUUGCCUACAACGAUAAGGUGCUGAUCUUGUUGACGAUUGCGGCCAUCGUUUCCCUUGCAGUGGGAAUUCCGCAAUCGCUCCAUCCAGUAAAUCCCGACGAACCUGGCGUGGAAUGGGUGGAGGGCUUGGCUAUUCUCGUGGCCAUCAUUAUCGUGGUCACGGUUGGCGCAGCGAAUGACUGGCAAAAGGAACGCCAAUUUGCGAUCCUCAACAAGAAGAAGGAAAACCGACAGGUAAAAGUUACGCGAUCUGGCCGGAUCGAGGAAAUCUCCAUCCACGAUGUCCUGGUUGGCGAUGUCAUGCUUUUGGAAGCCGGAGAUAUGGUACCAGUUGAUGGCAUUUUGAUCGACUGUCACGACCUAAAGUGCGACGAAUCUUCUGCUACAGGCGAGUCCGACGUUCUCCGUAAGACCCCGGGCGAUGAAGUGUAUCAAACGAUCGAGAACCACGAAGACCUGAAGAAAAUGGAUCCUUUCAUCAUUUCAGGUGCCAAGGUUUCUGAGGGCGUUGGCACCUUUUUGGUUACUUCUACUGGUAUGAACUCCACACACGGCCGGACGAUGAUGUCCCUCCAGGAAGAGGGCGAGACUACGCCUUUGCAAACUAAGCUCAAUGUUUUGGCCGAGUACAUCGCCAAGCUCGGUCUUGCAUCUGGUUUGCUGCUCUUUGUCGUGCUGUUCAUCAAAUUCUUGGUCCGUCUCAAAAACAUCGAGGGUGGUGCCGACGGCAAAGGUCAGGCAUUCUUGCAGAUCUUCAUUGUUGCUGUUACUAUUGUCGUCGUUGCCGUACCGGAAGGUUUACCACUGGCUGUCACUCUCGCUCUCGCUUUUGCAACCACACGCAUGAUCAAGGACAAUAACUUGGUCCGCUACCUCAAAGCUUGCGAGACCAUGGGAAAUGCAACCACAAUUUGCUCUGACAAGACUGGAACAUUAACGGAAAAUAAAAUGACAGCAGUGGCUGCGACUUUGGGUACAACUUCGCGGUUCGGAAAGUAUUCUGGUAUUUCGCCUGAUGACCAAAUCGAGAUUUCACCAUCGGAGUUUGUUUCCACCCUCUCAUCGUCUGUGAAGGAUGCCCUGAGCCAAUCGAUCAUUUAUAACUCAACGGCAUUCGAGGGCGAAUCAGAUGGAGUGAAGACAUUUAUUGGAUCCAAGACAGAGACAGCUCUCUUGACUUUCGCUCGGGACUACCUCGGAAUGGGGGUCCUAAGCGAAGAAAGGGCAAACGGCAAGCUCGCGCAGAUGUAUCCAUUCGAUUCUGGGCGCAAAUGUAUGGCAGUCGUGAUCCAGCUGGACAAUGGAAAGUACCGAAUGCUAGUCAAGGGUGCCGCGGAAAUUCUUGUCGCAAAGUCGACGCGCAUCGUUCGCGAUCCCACCAGCGAACUUUCUGAGGCUCCCCUUACCGACGAUAACAGAACUUCAUUGGACACCAUCAUGACCACCUAUGCCUCGCGCUCUCUUCGAUGUAUUUCUCUUGCCUACCGCGACUUCGACCAAUGGCCACCUCGUGGGGCUCCUGUCUCCGACAUUGAUCGCAACCAGGCGCUCUUCGAGCCUGUCUUUAAGGACAUGUCAAUGCUUGGAAUCUUCGGUAUUCAGGAUCCUGUCCGAGCUGGUGUCCCCGAAGCCGUAUAUGCAUGCCAGCGCGCUGGAGUCUUUGUCAGGAUGGUGACUGGUGAUAAUAUCAUGACCGCCAAAGCUAUUGCCCAGGAGUGUGGUAUCUACACACCUGGCGGUAUCGCCAUUGAAGGACCCAAGUUCCGCAAACUGAGCACCCGCCAAAUGAACCAAAUCAUUCCAAGACUCCAGGUCAUUGCGCGUUCCAGUCCCGAGGAUAAGAAGAUCCUGGUCAACCAGCUCAAGAAGCUUGGAGAGACCGUUGCUGUUACCGGAGACGGCACCAACGAUGCCCAGGCUCUUAAGAACGCCGAUGUUGGUUUUGCAAUGGGUAUCACUGGUACCGAGGUUGCCAAGGAGGCUUCUGACAUUAUUCUCAUGGAUGAUAACUUUUCGUCUAUUGUCAAGGCUAUGGCAUGGGGUCGCACUGUCUGUGAUGCCGUUAAGAAGUUCCUCCAGUUCCAAAUCACCGUCAACAUCACUGCUGUCAUUCUCACUUUCGUCUCUGCGGUCGCUAGUGAUAACGAAGAUUCUGUACUCAGUGCAGUCCAACUCCUGUGGGUCAACUUGAUCAUGGAUACAUUCGCCGCUCUCGCUUUGGCCACAGAUCCUCCUACACCUACAGUACUCGACCGCCGACCGGAAUCGAAAUCUGAUCCUCUCAUCACCCUGACGAUGUGGAAGAUGAUUGUCGGACAAUCCAUCUACCAGCUGGUUGUGACUUUCGUUCUGAAUUUUGCUGGGUCAAGUAUUUUCUCUUGGGAUCAUGACCAUCUGCAGACUGUGGUGUUCAACACCUUCGUCUUUAUGCAAAUUUUCAACCAGUACAAUUCCCGCCGCAUUGACAACAAACUGAACAUCAUGGAGCGUAUCUGGUUGAAUAAGUGGUUCAUUGGUAUUCAGAUCAUCAUCAUUGGAGGUCAAGUCUUGAUCAUCUUUGUUGGUGGUGCUGCCUUCUCUGUCAAGCGCCUCAAUGAGGGCUCGCAGUGGGCCGUCAGUAUUGUGCUUGGAGUCAUCUCAUUACCUAUCGCUGUGAUUAUCCGCCUGAUUCCCGAUGAAUUUGUUGCAAGACUUGUUCCCCACUUCUGGCAUCGCCCCAAGGGACCUGAAUUGGUCAUCUCAGACGAAGACCGCCACUAUGAGUGGAACCCGGCUCUCGAAGAAAUCCGCGACCAGCUCGCCUUCAUCAAGCGUGUCCGCGGAGGACGUCUGCGACACCUUCGCCACAAGCUGCAGCACCCCCAGGAAUUCCUUCCCCGGUCCCGCAGUGGCUCACGCUCGCGUGAUUCUUCGUCCCCGCCAACACCAAACGGCGACAACGACAAUGGCAGUCCGACACUACAGUCGCCAACUCCCGAGUCUCGUUCUAGACGCAACACCCGGUCGCGGUCCAACUCGACGUUCGGACCCGCCGCCGCCAUGGCAGGCAUUGUCGCCGGUAGUAUUGCUGGAUGGUCUCCAAUUGAGCGCGGUCACGGCGAGGCAGAUUCAAUCACCUUCCCUACGAAUGGCGGCCCUCAUGGCGGCCUGGACCGCGAGCCGGGCAUUGAAGUGCACCCAGACACCGCUGCUGAUGACCGUGUCCUGAACGAGUACUCUGCCAAUUCCAGAACACCGCCUAGUCAGAACCCAGAUCUCAUUCCUUUCUUUGAGCAUGCUCCGCCUAUAGACCGCGCGCCCUCUAGCCGUGGUCGUCGCUCUCUGUCUCAAAGAUCGAGAUCAAGCACUAGUCACUCGCACGUUUAA